UUCUCUUCUUCUUAUCUUAAUAUAGAUGGCCAUGGGUGCCUAACUUAGUGACACAAAAGUCAUCUUGAAAGAUCCAAAUUUGCAACCACCACCAAUCGUUCUUAAAAGCGUAUCCAAACUAAUUAGAGCGGCGCACAGACGUUAUACUAAUUGCUGCGUGAUGAAGACUGUAGUUUUUGCAUCGCAGCAAUGGCCGUCAUGUUAACCUUCUUCCUCUUCUUCUUCAAGCUCUUCAAGAAGAAAGAUGUGUUGAAUUUGCCUCCUUCUCCACCGAGAUUGCCUAUCAUAGGCAACCUCCACCAACUAGGCUCGCUAGCUCAUCGUUCCUUGCAAUCUCUCUCAGAGAAGUAUGGGCCAGUAAUGCUUCUGCACUUCGGCGGAAAUGCCGCCAUUGUGGUAUCAUCAGCAGAGAUGGCUGGCGAGAUAAUGAAAACGCACGAUCAAAUUUGUGCAAGUAGACCACCUUCAAGCAUGGCCAAAAGGCUUCUCUAUGGUAGUGAUAUUGCCUUUUCACCCUACAGUGAGUAUUGGAGGCAACUUCGAAGGAUAAGUGUUGUUCAUCUGUUGAGUCACAAGAGGAUCCAGUCGUUUCGAUUAGUGAGGGAAGAAGAGGUAUGUCUUAUAGUCGAGAAAACCCGUGCAUCUUGCAAUGGCUCGGUGAAUUUGAGUGAGAUGAUUGUUAAUCUUACCAAUAAUAUUGUAUGUAGAGUGGCCAUAGGAAGGAAAUAUUUAGGAGAGGAAGGAGAAGGGUAUAAUUUUGGUGAGAUGCUGAAGGAGUUACUUAGAUUGGCGGGAUCAUUUCCUGUUAGAGAUUUCAUCCCUUGGCUUGGCUGGCUUGAUAUAUUGAGUGGCCUUGAUGCAAGAGUAAGAAAGUGCUCUAGAGAAUUUGACGGGUUUCUUGAAAGAGUGAUAGAUGAACAUAAGCAUUAUAAGGUUAGUUCAAGCAAUGAUGGAGAGGAAAGCAACUUUGUGGAUGUGUUGCUCUCGCUAAAUGAGAAGGAUGGCAUGGCUGGCAUUUCUUUAACCAGAGACAAUAUGAAAGCCAUAAUUUUGGUAACUCCCCCUCUUCAAACGCCUACAUGUAUUUUGCAUAUUGUUAGUAUGUAUGUGUGUGUAGAAAAGCGAUAGGAUGAGAUAGUGAGAUGGUUUGCUUAACGUGA